CUUUGAUUUGAUGACAGCCAGGCACUAAUUUACUAAAUAAAUAGUUCAACUUUUUAUAAUGUUUUAUGAGCCAAUGGUAACAUAUUAGGCAUUUAUUCAGAAAAAAAUGUUCAUAUGUAAUAGUAAUUAACACUAGGGUAGCGGGAACACUUAUGACAUGACACAAUAAUCCUAAUUAUGUCUACAUACACACUUAACCGCAAAUGAGUUCAUAAUGUGUGUUCCCUAUAUUUGUCUAAUGAGUCUAUUCAUUCCCAAGUAGGAUGAUGCUAGACCGAGCAGACAGUGAACCAGAUAACGAUGAUGCUGCUCACACCCAUUAUCACGUUGAGGAAAGAAAGCAAGCCAAAUUCCCCAGAUCAAUGGGGUAGUGAUGUCUCAAGGAUCCUGGAUUGCAUGGGCCGUUAGAAGAAUUUACACAGCAGGUUAGGAGAGUUAGGUUAAGGUUAGGGAAAAUGCUCUCCAAACCUGCUACAAAAAUCACUUCCGGUCGUAGCUGUAUAGUGGCCAAGAUGGCAGCAUUCUCUAAUAACUAUUUACCUGUUUCACACAGUUAACCAUCUUAUUACAGUUCGUUUUUUUUUUUACUGAUUCAAUUCAGCAAGAAAUCAUGAUUUACAAACUGAAAGGAUUAUAUUUACAUUAAGUCUACAGGUCAGUUCAUCUCGAUUCUUCAAAACUCUAAAGAACUUCACAAAUCCAGUGUGUGGGUCUUCCAGUGAGUUGGAGAGGAUUGAGGAACGAUGGCACAGUUUGAAAGCUUGUGGACUAUACCUAUUAUAUUGGUGUUUGUAAGCAUUGGAUCCUGUAUUGCAUGUGGUAGAGCUGAGUACAGAAUAGGGGAUGAAUGUUGUCCCAUGUGUUCACCAGGAAAUCAUGUAUAUAAGCAUUGUACUGAAUUCACCAGCACCAGCUGUGUGCCCUGUGUUGAUUCUACAUUCCUUGAUGAGCCCAAUGGUCUCAUAAAAUGCAAAGUGUGUACCAACUGUGAUCCAGGUUUGGGUUUGAAGGUAAAGCAGCCAUGUACACCUUCAUCAGACACUGUCUGUGGGACACUGGAGGGGUUCUACUGUCUAGACCCAACUAAGGAGGGUUGUAGAGCAGCCCAGAGACACAGCAGCUGUAAACCUGGUCAAUACAUCAGCCACACAGGAACAAUAUCUACAGAUACUGUGUGUUCUGACUGUACUGGUGAUACCUAUUCAAAUGGAUCAUUUACAUCCUGCCAGCCACACACACAAUGUGAUACCUUAAAGCUUCAGCAAAUUAAAUCUGGAACUCAUUGGUCCGACUCUGAAUGUGGACCACAAAUCUCACCUAUAGCUACAUUAAUAUUCGCUGUGGUGGUGGGGGUACUCGCUGUGAUAGCAGCCGUGACGACGGCAGCUAUUAUGAAAAGAAGAAGAAAAAAACACAGAAGAUCCUUUAACUCGUGAGAUUAUUUUGUGGGAAUUGUACAUUUAUUGUUUAAGUGAGAAAUAUCAAAUAGCACUAAAUCAAAUGUGAUUUGUCACCUGCGGCGAAUACAACGGGUGUAACUAACGAGCUCUUCCCGAUGAUGCAGUUAAAAAAUAAAUACAAAUAGUAACACGAGGAUUCAAAUAAAACACACAAGAACAGAGAUAAAGUACCAGUCAAAAUUUGACACCUUCUCAU